AUGAAACGACUGCUGCCGAGCCGAGCAUUUCUCGCCGACCUUUGCACGAGCCGGAAAGCCCUCUCCACAAUGCCACAAUACUCUACGAAAGUCGAAAAUUCGGCAAAAUGCAUCGAUUUGCGCUCGGACACCGUUACGCUUCCGACGCAAGGAAUGCGGGAUGCCAUGGCAAACGUCCCGGUCGGAGAUGACGUUUACGGCGAGGACCCGACGAUCAAUGCGCUGGAGGAGAGAUGCGCCAAAAUCUUUGGUAAAGAAUCGUCGAUCUUCGUCUGCUCGGGCACGAUGGGCAACUUCUUGGCGAUGCUCGCCCAUUGCCAGCGCGGCGAGGAGAUCAUCGUCGGCAAGCAGAGCCACAUCUUCCGCUGGGAGCAGGGCAACUUUGCGCAGUAUGGAGGGAUCAGCGCGACAACCGUCGAAAUCGCCGAGGACGGCACGCUGCCACUGGCCGAGAUCGAGGCCUCGAUCCGCGUCAACGACUAUCAUAUGCCGAAAACGCGGCUGAUCUGCCUGGAGACGACGCACAACUGGUCGGGCGGGAAGGCACUUUCAAAGGAGUACCUCAAAGCCGUCCGCGAAAUCGCCGAUCGGCACGGGCUGCUCAUCCACCUCGACGGCGCCCGGAUCUACAAUGCUUCGGUCGCUACCGGGCUUGAUGUUGCCGAAAUUUCCAAAUACGUCGAUUCCGUGCAAAUGUGCUUCUCCAAGGGCCUUGGCGCGCCGGUCGGCUCGAUUGUCGCCGGGACGAAGGAUUUCGUGGAUUCGGUUCGAUAUAAGCGAAAGGGAAUCGGUGGCGGGUGGCGCCAAGCUGGAAUCCUGGCCGCUGCCGCGAUGUACAGCCUCGACCAUGCCGUCGAGACGUGCACCAGGGACAAUAAGAAUGCGGCUAUACUCGCUGCCGGCUUCAACGAGCGCACCCCGGCCAAUCUGAAGGAGAAGAUCCACGCCAACGAGAAGGGCUUGACCAACAUCCUAGUCAUCCGACUCUCCGGCGGACUCACCCCACCCCAAUUCGUCGAAUUCUUCAAAAAGCACAAUGUGCUCGUGAUGGCGUUUGAUGAGCGACGGGUUCGGCUCGUGACUAACUGGGGGCUGACAGACGAGAAGAUCCAGGAGGUGUUUACGGUCUACGAAAAAUUCGUCGCCUCGUUGCAA